AGCGGGAGCGCGCAUUGCAUUCCGCUCCAACUCAAACGCGAGGAGAAAACAGCUUCUGGACUGCUCAGCAUCACACGGACACUAAAAUGUAUCAUUUGCCUUCUUUUAACAAAAACAGCUGCGGCUUUCAACGGGAUAUUAAAGGUUACAUCAUGUUUUUGGAUACUUUGACAUCCGAGCAUUAAAUAUUUUUACUGAAUUCAUCAAGUGUCGUGUUGAGUAAAAUCCGUGCAAGUGUCAGGAAUAUAAUCACUUACAGGUGCUGAAAAUGGCAACCAAAUACCUGAUGCUUAUUGCCUUGGGGACCGCUGUGAUCAGCAGUGUGCACUGUUGCCCUCAGCAGUGUACCUGCACUGAUAAAAUUAGCCAUCAUUUUGUAGACUGUGCCUACAAAGACCUUCUGGAAAUACCUGUGGGUUUGCCAUCCAACGUUAGCACCCUGAGUCUUACGGCUAACAAGAUUAAAGUGCUGAAAUCAAAAGACUUCAUAAAUAUGACCCAGGUGACCUCUUUUUGGAUGGCACACAAUGAAAUAGUCACCGUGGAGAGGGGCACGCUGGCCUCAAUGAUUCAGCUGAAGAAUUUGGAUAUGAGCUACAACAAAAUCGUCCAUUUUCCAUGGGACGACUUGAGCAAUCUCACUGCUCUGCAGUUGUUCAAGAUGAACAACAAUGAAAUGACCAGUAUACCCAAGAAUGCUUUCUCCAACCUAAAAGAUCUGCGUUCGAUCCGCAUUAACAAUAACAAGUUUACCACCAUUGUGCAAGGAACGUUUGACGCUCUGACAUCCUUGUCUCACCUCCAAAUCUUCCACAACCCCUUCACCUGCUCCUGCAAACUUGAGUGGCUAAGAGAUUGGAUCGUCAAAUCCUCAAUCUCCAUCCCUGAUAAAGACAACAUUGUUUGUGAGGCUCCUGCCCACCUCAAAGGCACCAGUGUUACUGGCAUGCCCACGUUGGAUUGCAAAGCCCCCUCGGUGUCCAUCGCAUAUCAACCAAACAUCGACAACACAGAACUGUACGAAGGUUAUAUGGUCAUCUUGAACUGCGAAACUAAAGGAAACCCUAAACCUGAUGUCGCCUGGGAGAUAUACUCCGGAAACCAACUGAUUACAUUCCCUCUGCCUCACAUAGUUGAAAAAAUGGAGGUUCCUAUCAACGGGCCGCCCACAAACACACGACUCCUCGUGUUUCAAAACGGCACCCUGAUCAUUCCCCGCAUGAGCAAAAAGGAAGAUGGAAAUUACACCUGCUCGGCCGCCAAUGACAUGGGCAAAGCCACGAGCUCCGUUAGGCUGGCCGUGGCCGGCACAAAAAAACAUGCCAUCAAUUCUAUGCUGGACACGAAAGUGUCCGGUAAUGUGCCUGGGGACAAACUCGAUUCCAAGAGCUCCAGAAACAACGUGAUCAGCAUGGGGUCAAAAUCCGAGGAGCGGACAAAGAGCUUUCCGACAGGAACUUCCACCAUAACUGUAGAUAAAGAUCAAGCGAAAGAAGGGACAGACAUGUUCCAAGGCAAAUGCGGAACGAACGUCGACACGCAGUACAUCUCCAACCACGCUUUUAACCUCAGCUUAGACGAGCUUAAACAGUACACGUUCGACUUUGGGGUCAUUGCGCUUGAGGUUUCAGAGACUGAAGCCAAAGUUCAACUGAACCCUUUCCAGAUGGCCAAUGCUAAAUCAAGCAUUCACCUCAGUCAACAACAAGACCUGCAAACUGUGAAUAAGGAGCCUUUUAGUCUCUUCCAAACGUCCUCCAAAAAAUACCCACUGGACUUCUUGUACCUUUGCGUCAGUACAGGUAAUGGACACUCAAUGGUAGAAUGGUCCAAGAUAGAGGAGGGCGUCAAUGCCUAUCGCUUCCAGGGCCUAAAACCAGGCACGAAUUACACUCUAUGCCUCACAUACGGAGGCCAGGACUGCCAAGUCCAAGUGGUCUUCACGACCAGGAAGAAAAUCCCAUCUUUGCUGAUCAUAGUGGUUGUUAGCAUUUUUUUGCUGGCUUUGGCAACCGUACCCCUACUGGGUGCCACCUGCUGUCACUUGCUGUACAAGUAUCAAGGCAAGACCUACAAGCUGAUAAUGAAGACGCAGAAUCCGGAUCAGAUGGAAAAGCAAAUAACGACGGAUUUUGAUCCGAGGGCGUCUUUUGUGGGCUCUGAGAAAAACUUUAACCCGAGUGAGCUGGGUGAGGGAGAGGGUGAUCUUGAGGAAGGAGACGUAGAAGGUGAGGACGUCGAGGGAAGUGUGGUGACCGAGUCCAUUCCUGAAUCCCAAUCCAAAACACAGGAAGAUUUUGAAAUGGGAUCCGAGUACAGCGACAAGUUACCUCUUGGAGCUGAAGCAGUGAACAUAUCUGCAGAAAUUAAUGGCAAUUACAAACAACCCCGUUGAGUAACACAUUACUGAAUAUCGAUUAUCAUGUCACGUAAAAUAGACGCGCGCUGAGAGGGCGCGUGCCGCACUUUUACCUCACAAAGUUAGCGGUAAGUGUAUAAUGAGUGUUCAUGCUUACAAAUAUUGCGGUUUUGAGGUCGAUACGUUAGACAUACAAACCUCACUACAGUUCAUUUACUGUAAGUCUUCUCAUAAUCGCAUACACGUACAUAGUAGCAGCUGUUUAAAUCAUCGAGAUUAUCUUCAUUUGGUGCUUUACAAGCAUUCAAAGGAUAAUUCAUCCAAAAAUGAAAAAUCUGUUAUCAUUUUCUCAACCUCAUGUUGUUUUAAACCUGUAUGAAUUAAUUUUUUUCUGAUAAACACAAAGGAGAUAUUUUGAUAGCCUAAAUGAUGAUAAGCACACAGCUGAUUGUAACCAUUGACUUACAUAGUAAGAAAAACAAAAAAAUAAAUUCAUACAGAUUUUUUCAACAUAUGAGGAUGAUUAUGACAACAUUUUUAAAAUUUAAAGUGUAUAGUGGAUAUUUGGGAAUUCAAUGUGUCAGUAACCACUUACUGAGGGAAAUGCGACACUUCUCACAGCAUGCGCGUGUCCGGACUCUGGAAAAUAAACCGGGUCCCCUUCGAAAACAAGUAUGUGUAAUGUGAGAUCCCAAAAUGUGUGAUUUUUUUUAAACAGGUGCUUUUAAUAUCACGCCUUUACCUAAAAAUGACUGAACAUUCGUGUCCCUCAUUUGAGACAAUGUAGGCUACUUGUUUGUGGCAUGUCACACAAAAGUAUUUUCAAGUGUGUUUUAUUAGGGUACUUCUAUUAUAGACUGUAGAUAUUCAGUGUCGAUUUGUGAUGUAAGCCAAGUAAUCUGAAAACGAUGUUCGCCUUUUUUAUAUUAUAAUAUAAAUGGUCCGUUUUUAGCUACCAUACAAGUCAAUGUGUCCAGUAAAUUGACGCAUAGUGAUUCUUGUUUUGUGUCUAACCGUCCGAUGUUGUAAAAAAUUGACAAGAUUUUGAUAUGAUUUUAUGUACGUGACCUUAAUAAAAUAUUGAACAAA